AUGCAACUGUAAUGCAAAGUAUGUAUUCAAAUUAUUCAUAUUGCUUAAUUAAAUUUUACAACAUGUGUAUCAUCACAUACAGUGGGGGUCAAAGGUCUGAAACAUUAACACCAAAUUUAUAUAAUGACAUUAAUUUGUAAUUAAAAUAUAUUCAUAUGUAGAAAACUGUGUUAAACUGUAGUAAAAUGAUAAAUAGAAGCAUUUUCACAAGUGGUCUUUUAAAUUUGACUGAUUUCUUCAAAACAGUGUUAAUUCAGUCAGUAACGGGUUGUGAUCUUACAAUUUAUCAACUGACACUGGAAUAUAAUUUAUUUGUUUUCAUAUAUAUAAUGUGUUAAUGGUCACAAAAUAUACUUGUACCCUCCUGUGUAACUCUUGCGGUAAUAUCACCUUUCCAGCACAAGAUGUCUCUCUACUUCAAUGUGUGACCGUUUCUGGAACCUUCACCCACAAACAGUUGGAUUUAUGGUUGAGCUAUAUUUAUCAGAAACACAAUCUGAUCCACUAAACGUCUGUAUUUUGCACUGAUACUGUAAAGUGACAGCAGAAGAGCUGCAGCGGUCGCUCUGACCUCGUCUGUGUGUUUGCGUCGCUCGCGGAUCACACAAACAAUGGCGACGCUCACAACGUCAAGCAAAAGACCGUACCAUAUCAUAGUGUUUGGAGCGACUGGUUUUACCGGCCGGUUUGUAUUGGAGGAGGUUGCGCGGACCUGUAACGAGGGUCCAGGAGGGACGUUACAAUGGGCUGUAGCCGGACGAAACCGCGACCGACUGGAAAAAACACUCAUUCAGGCAGCUGACGCUCUGCGUAAACCGGAGCUGAAGUGUGUGGAGGUUAUUGUAGCAGAUGUAGCCGAGCCGGAGUCGUUGGCCAUCAUGUGCAAACAAGGAAUCAUUGUGCUCAACUGCGUGGGACCAUACAGAUUCUAUGGAGAGCCCGUGGUGAAGGCCUGCAUAGAGAAUGGGGCCCACUGCAUUGAUAUCUCUGGAGAACCACAGUUUUUAGAGGGGAUACAGCUGAAAUACCACAGUAAAGCUCAGGAGAAUGGUGUGUAUAUCAUUGGAAGCUGUGGGUUUGAUUCGAUACCAGCAGAUAUGGGCAUCCUUUAUACACAGGAUCACUUCAAAGGAACACUCACUGCUGUGGAGAGCUUCUUAACCAUCAACACGGGACCUGAGGGAGGAUGUGGCCAUGAUGCAACGUGGCAGUCAGCCAUCUUUGGCUUUGCUGACAGUGCCAGUCUCAGAAGAAUAAGGAAGAAGUUUGGGCAUAAACCUCUGCCAGCUGUUGGGGCUCGAAUUAAAAAGAGGGGAGCUCUGUUCUUCAGUAAGGAGAUUGAGCAGUAUGCCAUUCCCUUCAUGGGCUCAGAUCCGUCUGUGGUGCGACGGACUCAGCGUCAUAUGCACGAGGAACAUAAACACAGCCCUGUUCAGUAUAUGGCAUAUGUAGGUAUCGGUGGUCUCUUCUCCGUGCUGAAGACCCUCUUUGCAGGUGUCGUCUUCUGGUUCAUGGUCAAAUUUAGUCUUGGCAGGGGAUUGCUUACUCAGUUUCCAGUAUUUUUCUCAUUUGGUUUGUUCUCCAAGACUGGACCAUCAAGAAAGCAGAUGGAUGGAACCUCUUUCUGCCUGAGGUUCAUGGGGGAGGGCUACACGACCGGGCAGGACCCCUCUCGGGGCCAGCCAAAUGCCACAAUCAGCACUGAAAUAAUAGGACCAGAGCCAGGAUACAUCACAACACCGAUUACCAUGGUGCAGGCAGCUAUUACACUGCUUAACGAACCUCACUGUCUCCCUAAUAAGGGUGGUGUGUACACUCCAGGGUCAGCGUUUGCAAAAACCACCCUAAUCGACCGUCUGAACAAACACGGAAUCCAGUUCUCACUGAAGAACGGACAAUAGACAUGAGUACUUUGUCAGAUUCAAUCAGCCUAGUUGAGAUGUUAUAUUUGUUACAUAAAUGAAAAAAAAAAUUGCAUUGAGUUGUAUAGCAAAAACUAAGUGUUGUAGGUCUAUACUUUGUUUGUGAUCCAUUAACCCUCAAGCAUCCUUCGGGACAAAUUUGGUCAAAAUCUUUUUUUUUAAUCUGAGCGGUACAAGACUUGACUACUUCUCCUAAGUUUGCCAGCUAAACACACAUACAAAAAAAUGGGCUCAAUUCAGCAAAAUUAAGUGGUUGAAAAAAAAAACUCCUUAAUUGGUCCUUAGUGGGCACCCUUAGGAAAUGAAUGGGAAAUACUAUAAUUCAGAGCUUUUUUUUAUUUGUCUUAUAAAAAUCAAUAAAUUCAACACAAUGUAGAUCAUACAAACACAUAAGUGAAGGGGUGAGCCUAUACAACAUUCUCAAUGUGGCAAACACACACCCAUAUACAAGGUAUUGAAUGAGCCUAUAACAUGUGUUUGUUUCUGUAAAUUGUGGGGACUUUCCAUAGACUUCUGUUACUUUUAUACUGACCAAAUGAUAUUUUCUAUUACCUAACCCUAAACCUACCCCUUACAGAAAACCUUUUUUGCAUUUACACUUUCGGAUAAACAUAAUUUACUAUUUUUAAUAAUUAUUUUCCCUUGUGGGGACCGCAGGGCAGUCCACACAAUGUCAAAAAAUUCAGGUUUUACUAUCCUAUUAUCCCAGGUAAUACUAUUUACUAUUAAUGUAGCAUAAAGAAGUACACACACACACACACACACACACACACACACUUCAAAGUCAGAUCAAAGUCCUACUGCAAGAUUUGUUGAUGCUGCAAAAAAAAAAAAAACAUGUCUGAAACAUGUUACCUUGUUUAUUCUUGCCUGUUUGGUACUAUUUUACUUUUUUGAGUUAUUGAAAUUUGAUGUUUUUUGUUUGUUUGUUUAGAAAUAAAUGACUACUCUGUCUCCUA